CGCGCCCUCGCGGUGCUUCUCUGUGUUCUCUGUCCUUGCUUCUCUCCGUAGUAUUCACAAAAUAUUGUUCUCUCUCUUGUCUUACUACUAGACUCUCGUGACCUCCCAGAUUAACUGUCCCUAUAAGGCUCCCCAGCGAAAUAGGAUUGCCGAAUUCCCCAACUGUGUUUUCCUCCUUCGUGAACUUAACACUUUCCCCCUCCCUAAGCAGUUGAACUAAACUUUUCCCGUCCUUUCUAUUUGCCUUGCUCCUGUCAGGUUUUAAUCCUGACCUGCCUCUGGCUGCUGUAUCCCCUGGAAUGGGAAGUCGCCCACCUCCUAACCCAGCGCUGGAGAACCACAUUGUCUUCUGACACCUUACAGUUUGCCCAAACUUCACGUACACCGAUUUACUCUUUCACUUUUAUCCUYCUCGGUCUCAGGUUGCCCCUUGGAUUUUACGACACGUCCUUCUGCAGUGUCUCAAUAAAAUACUAUCUGGUGCACUGCGCUCAUUAACCUCUUYUAUUCCAUUUGGUGCCGGUUACCUCCACAGAAGAAAGACUUCGAUUCAACUUUGUGAUGUCUUCCCCUGAAAUUGCUUCCCUUUCAUGGGGUCACAUGAAGGUGAAAGGCUGCUCUACAACAUAUAAGGACUGCAAAGUAUGGCCAGGAGGAAGCAGAACAUGGGAUUGGCGAGAAACUGGGACUAAUCAUUCUCCAGGAGUGCAGCCAGCUGACCUUGAAGAAGUCGUCCAGAAGGGUGUUAAAACUCUGGUGAUUGGUCGUGGCAUGAGUGAGGCUUUGCAGGUUCCACAGUCCACUGUGGACUACCUGAAGAAGAACGGGAUUGACGUGCUGGUGCUGCAAACGGAGAAGGCUGUGGCAGAGUACAAUGCCCUGGCUGCUCAGGGAGUCAAAGUGGGCGGGGUUUUCCAUUCCACCUGCUGAAGCGCRGCUCCUUCCACCUUCCCGGCCCGCAGCCAAAUCACGGACACGCCUGCAUUAAAUUGCACUCAGCAGAGUAUGAAAGUGCCAAAGCAUUUGUGUGCUGACAGUCUUAACAUGCAAGGAUGGUUUAUUAGUUCAGGAUUUAAACAAAUCGAAAGCUCUCAAAAGGGGGGCUGUUAAUGUAAUUAAAUUGUUUAAUUACAGAAUAAUUUCCGUGUAUUGUUGAGAUUGAUCUAAUUUUCCUCUGAAGGCUGUCCAUACUCUUUUUAUUUAACUUUUCACCUGUUGACUAAAUCAGGAGAUUAAGUUUUGAGUACUUUUACUAGAAAAUGGCCCAAAAUUACAUUAUUGGCUCUUGAAAGGCAGCCAUAAAAUAGCUGAURAGCACAACCAAACAGUAGAUAUGAAACAAGAGUGAAGAAGCAAAUUACCACCACUGGAUAAAUAAGUUAAAAAUCAAAUAAUUUAAAAACCAUCUCAGAACAUGCAAGUUUACCUCCUGCAGGUGAUUUCAGUCAAGGUAUUUGCCAAUUUAUUAACAUCACAUAAUGUAGCACUUUUAAAUUUUUCAUUUAACCUGGAAAUGGGGAAAAAAUACCAACAGGGUACAAACACAAAACCUGGACCUUAAAGAAUGUUCUUAUUAAUUGGCAUUUUUGAGGAUUAAGUUGUCUAAUACAUAUCUAUUCAGAAGUUCCUACAUGCUUAAAAUCAUCAGAACAGUAUGCUACAAAAUUUGAGUUUGCAGCAUAAAACAUUGUUCUUUAGGAAAUCAGUCUAAAUUGCUGCUAGCAAGRUACUGCUGGCAAGGUGGGGAAGCAUGUGAGAAUUGUUACCAAUCAUAAUCUGCUGAUUUAAAUGAGCCAACCUAUUGUUACACUAAAGAUUUUAAAAGUUCUCUUGGCUGCUGUUCUUGGUGGGUUUCUAUCAAUAUUGCCAGUUGCAAGUUACCUACUGUAGAUUUUUUUUCCCACAAGGCUCACUAUUUCUUGUUCUGUGCAUAAUAAUUCUGUGUGUAUUAAUGAAAGUACCAAGAUGAGGCUGGAAAAGCCCUGAGGCAGUUGGAGCUAAACAAGCAGUAGUAGAGAGGCUUAGAUUGAUAGGAGAGCAUGAUGACUUUCCCAAGGCACACACAAUACUACGUUCUUUUUCUGUCUGUUUGCUUUAGUAAUCAUUUAGAACCUUUUAUCUGAUAAAAUACAAUGUGGUGUAAAAGCAAAGUUUUAUCUUGCAAUCUCCUAAUUACAGCAAUGCUUUCUGUUAGUAUAGCUACAUUUGAGGCAAAAUCUCAUAUAACCAGCAGAAACUACCUUUUCAGCUGURUCUGURUUCUCUGAUAUUCAGCUGGUAUAAUGCUCCUAGUAGCUGCUGUGACAUUUUUCUGAAUAAGUUGCCUGGUGUGAAGGAGAAGGUGCGAGUGUGGUGAUCCCAAGGGAAUUCCAGCAGAACGAGUUCCUACCAGCCCACAGAGUGUGGAGACUUUUUGCACUAAAUGUUGUUAUCUGAUAGUGAAGAUGGUUUGACUCUCUUGAUCCUGGUCAUGUAUUUGUGUUAUUUUAUGGCCUUUUGGGCCUUAGCGCAGCCUCUAAUAGGAAAAGGCUUUGUAAUGCUUCGGCUGAGAGGAUACUGCAGUACUUAAAAAAUGGAAAUGUUCAUUACACUGUUAGAAGUUGAGCAAACACCUUAUCUAUCUCCUCCAGGUCUGUUUUUUACUUGGGUUUUUUUUUACAUAUUUUCAUGUUAAUGUGGCACAUUAAUGGUGAUGCCACAUUCACCCAAACUGCACAGCCCAGGUUCUGCAUUUGAGACAAAUACUGUGGACUUCUCACACCGCUGUUGCUACACGAUUUGUCCUCCCAAAAGGCCAGAGCCUGUUUUGCAUUGCCAGGUGACUUUUAGAGGUGUAUCCUACCCAGCUUUGUGCUGCAGCCUCUUAAUCCUUCCCUCCAUUUGGCAAGUGGUAGGAUGCAGAAGAUUCCACUUCCAAAACAGGGAGCUGCAGUGUGCAAAGGAAUGGAUUUCUUUUCUUAAAGGCAAGCUUCUAAAUUUCACCACCACCAGUACAAAAUUUUGGUGUCAACAAGGAGAUGAUCUGCUGAAGUCUCUUCCAUCCAUGUCUUCUCUAGCUGCUCUCAUCACAGCUUCCUGAGUCAGCGCUGUCAGUUCCCACAACAGCAUCUGUUCCACUUGGGCUGCUCCAGUCACUGAUUUCCUUCUUGGUGCCUGAAAUUGCUUUGCUGGAUGGUAGAAGCAGCUGGGAUUGAUUCAUCAAAAAAUUCCAGCAGAGCUCAAACUGGUAUCUUUGUUAAAUUGCUGCUUUCAGCUAGAGCCAUAAAUAAUUUGUUAAAAUUAUGGGCACAUUGCCYAAAUCAUGGGAAUGCACUUUUAUAGGGCAGGAUUUCUCACAUACACCACUGUUCUGCCUCCCACCAGGAAAAGGAUCUCCCAGUAGGCAGUGAACUCCCACCCUGACGCUGRAAUUAAAGCUGAGCUGCGGCUGGGCUGGGAGCCAGGAAGAUUCCACCCCAGCUGCUCUGCCACCGAGUGGGUCAGUCCCAGCCCUUAUCUUUGUGAAGCAGCAUGUGCGAGCUGGCAGCCAGGAGAAACAGGCCAUAAAAGGCUCACAGACACCAAAUGCAACACGACCAGCACUUCUAAGGGAYGUUGGGCAGCAUUUGUGCAAAGCCUGGCAACCACAAGCCUUCAAACUUCCUAUUCUGAAGUCCCACUGAUAUCCCAUUAGCAAACUGUAAAGUAAAAAGACAGCUUUUUCUGCAUUCCUGGUGCCUGUUACUAAGAAUAAAAUGGAAGAUGCCAGUGAAAUAAGAUUAAAAAAGUGAUUAUAACUCAGACAAGCAAGACAGGAUUCCAGAGAAAAUGCAACUCUCCGAGCUUGAACCCAAGAUGAUGACCUGAACAGUAUGGUAAAGAGUGCAAGUCUGAUGAGGAGCGGCCUGAGGGAGCUGGGGGUGUUUAGCCUGAAGGAGGCUCAGGAGGAACUUCAUCACCCUCUACAAUUCCCUGAAGGAAGGGUGUAUCCAGUGCGGGGUCAGUAACAAGUGACAGGACAAGAGGAAACAGCCUCAAGUUGUACCAGAGGAUGUUUAGAUUGGGUAUURGGAAGACUUCCCCAAAAGUAUUGUCAGGCAUUGGAACCRACUGCCCAGGGGAGUGGUGGAGUCGCCAUCCCUGGCAGUGUUCAAAAGGUGUGUCACCUGGGGCCAUGGCUUAGUGGUGGCUGGGGUAGUGCUGAGUUUAGGGUUGGACUCAUGCAMUUUCAGGUCUUUUCUAACCUAAAUGAUUCACUGAUGUCAUACAGUCCUAAUGUAAAUUCAUGCCGUGUUGUUAUCACCUUCGCAAGAACUUGCUUUGUACUUCUGCAGUAAAUGUCCCUGCCCAUUUCCAUUCUUUUGUACUUUUUAAAAUAAGAUAGGUGAAAGCCGCACCAGGUCUGAGUUAAUGUCUCAUAAGCUUCAAAUUUGUUCCCCAUACACUUAUGCAUUAUUUUACAAGCUCUUGACUCAAUAGUUGCAUUAUUUACUUCCAGAUUUGCCUAAUGAAUUUCAAAUACUUCAGCAAUCAGAAUAUGAAUUUCCCAUUAAAAGCAUUCAAAGCUGGGUUUCCCACACACACAGAUGCCAUAUGUAAAUUAAAUCCAGCAUGUUAAAUAGGACAACACAUUUUCAAACCACUAAGCUACCCCCCUUUCAUGUGAGGUCAGCAUUUUCCUUGCUCAGCCAGAUUCUUUUCCCUCUUCCUUCUGUCUACCUAGGAGGUACAAUGCAGAGGUGAAGGGGGUUUGAACAUUGUUGGUUUCUAGAAAAUUAUUUGCCCUUCCUUUGUAGACUGCUCAAUCUGCCUGUGACUGCAGCUSUACUGGCAUGCUGUUCCUACACUUGGAACCAUCAGAGAGAACAGAAUCUCCCCGUACUUGGGUGUCUGUCAUCUGAAGUGCUCUGUUCCCCCUUCAACAGAGAUGAAAGAUGCAAAUUAUCUUUGUGCAUGACUAGAGCCCUUUGUUUUGCUUUUCAUUCUGAGAUCAAUCAUCUUAUAGGCUAUUGCAAUGCAGAAACCCAACAAUUAUCCGGAAUUAAAGGACAACGGGUGAAUGGCAUGUAUUCCUCUGAGACAACACAAAGAGCAUGAACUCUGGUAUUUUUGAGAGCAGAAAAACCUAAAUGUCUCAAACCUGGGAAUGGAAAGAAAAAGUCAACAUCUGGAUUUCAACAACUACAAUAACCCUUGGUUUUUAUACAAAUUUCCUUUCCUAUUCUCCAUGUGUUGGAACAUGGUGUGAAAUGGCCAGUCCCAAACACAAAUACAGGCUGGGUGGAGAAUGGAUUGAGAGCAGCCCUAAGAGGGCACUUACUAACACUGUGGAGGUGUUAGUGGGUGAGCAGCUCAACAGGACCCGACAAUGUGCACUGGCAGACCAGAAAAGACACAGCUGCAGGUCAAGGGAGGGGAUUCUCCCCCUCUACUCCACUCUGGUGAGACCCCACCUGAAGUGCUGCAUCCAGUUCUGCAGCCCCCAACAUAAGGAUGUUGACAUGUGGAGUAAAUCCAGAGGAGGCCAUGAAAUUGCUGAAAGGGCUGGAGCACCUCUGCAAUGGAAACAGGCUGAGAGUUGGAGUUGUUCAGCCUGGAGGAGAGAAGGGUCUAGGGAAACCUGAGAGCUCUUUCCAGAACCUGAAGGGGCUACAAGAAAGCUGGAGGGGACUUUUGACAAGGCCAUGGGGUAAUAGGUUAAGGGAGAAUGGCUUUAACCUGAAAGAGGGAAGGUUUAGAUUAGAUGAUGAAUCUGCUUGCACACGUGAAACUGAAGAAGAAGAAGCUGUGAUUUAUUCUGUGAUACAAACCAGGAAUCAGAGAAAAAUUUACAGAAGAGAAGCCAACUGUGGCAUGCCCUCAUUAGAGACUGGAAAUGCUCAUAGCAUUGCAUUUUCAGCUUGUUUUAGGCAUCUUGAAAUUACAGAUGGAAGAACUUUUCCACAGCCCUGCAGUAUUUGAUUCUCAGUGGCAACACAGAAGGCACUCACUCUUUGCCUGGUAUGUUAUAUGGAAUGAGCUCAAGGACAGCAUGAGAGGAACAAAAUAGUAGAAACUUGAUCCAAUACUUAGAAAAAGAGGGAAACAUGCCAAAAUGUUGGUAUUGAAAAUAUCUGCUGUACCUACCACAGCAUCCAUUGUGGUCUGGAGCCUAUGGAUACCAUUUAAAUUAGAAACUUGGUAGUGAGAUGACAAACUGCAAGAAAUACUGGUGAAGUACAAAAAUGAGAGGAAGAAGAAAAAGUCUGUAAUGAGCUCACUCAACUUGUCAAGUAUCUGCCCAGACACUGCUUCCUAA